AUGCCUGUCGACAUCUUCUCAUCCCAGCCCCCUAUCUUUGUUCUGCCAACCCAUCUAUCUCUAGAAGCUUUGGACGAAGUUGAGGGUCAACUGCUGGAAUGUGGCGGAAAUCUGACCUACGAUAUCGCUGAAGCCAGAUUGGUUCUCGGGAAGGUCAGUCGAGCCAAACGUGCUGCGCUGGAGCUACGCUCGCGCGGUAUCUGGACAGAAGAAUAUGCUCCGCCACCCGUUUCGGCUCCACGAACACAUACGAGUACCUCACAGCCUACCAAGCGUAGGCGAACCACGCUCUCCACUGAGAUCGAAAAUGUCCCAACUGAAGUAAUUGAUCUCAGUACAGAGUCUGAGAGUGAGGAAGAUGGUGUCAGAAGCUGUCAUGACCCUUCAAAACACCUGGUAAAGGAAAAUCCGCCUGACGAUUUGAUCACCAUCCUCAAGCUUGAAUGGCUGGAAGAAUCGAUUAAAGCAGGACAAUGCUUACCUAUGAGUCCCUUCGUUGUUUAUAAAGGCCGCAGGAUCCCCGCGCCUACCACAACAAAGGCUGAGAUAAUUCAGCUUGAUCAAAAGCCAAACCAAAUCAUUCAACGUGCAAAACAAGACGCUAGUCAGCCAUCGCCAAUCUUUCCGAGUCAAGUCAAUAAACGGCGCUCAAAAGAGCCCGUGGAUUCCAGUCAACGGCCCAUUCCAAUAUUGCAUCGACAGACCACUUCCGAAAAUGAUGAAAACAAUCCACUGCCACCUCAACCAGAUUGGGUCCGUGACCAAGUUCUGCUUGCAUGUAUGCGUUCCACGCCCUUGCACCCACCGAAUGAAGAGUUCAUAUCCCAACUCAUCAAGAUCCGACGCAUUCGUGAACUCACUCUCGAUCAAAUUGGGGUUCGCGCUUAUAGCACUUCGAUUGCAUCGUUGGCCUCAUAUCCCUAUUUGAUACGUCGCCCAAGUGAAAUUCUUGCCUUGCCGGGAUGUGACGUUAAGAUUGCAAAUCUAUUCACGCAAUACCACGAGGAUGGCGGAUGCCGCCAUACCGACGAUGACGGAAAUGUUGCGGCUGCGAAUGCCUUGGAUUCGGAUUCCGUCUUCCGCAUAUUGAAUUCUUUCUAUGAUAUUUGGGGUGUUGGCGCAAAGACAGCGAGGGAUUUCUAUUACCAUCGUGGCUGGCGCCAUCUCGACGAUAUCGUUGAGCAUGGGUGGGGUACAUUGUCGCGUGUACAGCAGAUCGGGCUCAAGUAUUAUGAGGAGUUUCAACAGGGUAUUUCUCGGACUGAGGCGAGGUAUAUUGCUGCUAUUAUCCAAGAUCAUGCGAAUCGCGUUCGUCCCGAAUGUGGUGGAGUCGAAUAUAUUAUCGUUGGAGGAUACCGACGUGGGAAGGAAAUGGCUGGUGAUGUCGACAUUAUCUUGACCCAUCGCGACGAGGCGGUCACUCGUAACAUCGUUGUGGAUAUUGUUGCAAGCCUGGAGAAAGAAAUGUAUAUCACUCAUACCCUCUCUUUGCAUUUGACAUCCUCAAUGCGAGAACAGCAGACCCUCCCUUAUCAUAGCGACGAGACGGGAAGAGGCUUCGACACCCUCGACAAAGCACUGGUUGUGUGGCAAGAUCCAAAUUUCAUUUCCAGUCCCACGGGCGAUACCAACAGCCAUAAGAAGAAGAACCCGAACAUACAUCGUCGUGUUGAUAUCAUUGUAUCCCCGUGGCGCACCGUUGGCUGUGCUGUGCUUGGUUGGACUGGCGAUACAACCUUCCAGCGGGACUUGCGGAGGCAUGCAAAGAAGGCUCACUCAUGGAAGUUUGAUUCAAGUGGUGUACGCGACCAAAACUCAGGACAGGUCUUGGACCUGGAAUCUGGAGGAGAGACCUGGGAGGAAAGAGAAAGACUAGUCAUGGAGCGAUUGGGAGUCGGCUGGAGACCACCAGAGGAGCGAUGCACAAGAUGA